GAAAAAACAAUAACUAAUAAUUUGGCUCAAUUAUUUAGCCUAAAUAAAAAACAAUGGAGUAAUUAGAAGAGUGUGGUCAAAUCGAUCAGAAUCAGAACCCCGACGUGAUCUUAAACAAAGCUCCGGCAACGAUUAGAACAGGCCCUUUCUCUCGAUGUAUUCUUUAUCAUUGGGCCUCAGUUAGAAUGAGGAUUCACAGCCUCCGAGCCACCAGCUCCUCAUUGGGCCUCAGUUCAUUUUCUACAAUCUACGAUGGCAAUAAAAACAACAAUUGGCAAAAGUAUAUGUGGACUGUGCCUUCAUCUGUCUCGAGGCCUCCUCGUGGACUGUGCAUCCGAUCUGGAGUUCGGUUCCGCCCUUGCAUUGACAUUCACAAGGGGAAAGUUAAGCAAAUUGUGGGGUCUACCAUUCAGGAUUUGAAGGAGGGUAGUACAUCUCCAGUAACCAAUUUUGAAUCAGAUAAGUCAGCGGCAGAGUAUGCAAUCAUAUACAAAGAAGAUGGCCUUACAGGUGGUCAUGUCAUCAUGAUUGGAGCUGAUCCUUUAAGCAAAUCGGCAGCCAUGGAUGCACUGCAUGCGUUUCCUGGUGGUUUUCAUGUUGGAGGUGGGAUCAAUCCAGACAAUGCUUUGAGUUACAUUGAAGAAGGAGCCAGCCAUGUCAUUAUCACAUCAUAUGUAUUCGAUAAUGGGCAAAUGGAACUUCAGAGGCUUAAAGAACUUGCCCGUGUUGUUGGAAAGCAGAGGCUCGUGUUGGAUCUUAGUUGCAGAAAGAAGGAAGGAAAAUAUGCAAUUGUCACCGACAGGUGGCAGAAAUUUACUGACGUAUUUCUUGAUGAGAAGAUAAUGGAUUUUCUUGCAACAUAUGCUGAUGAGUUUCUUGUCCAUGGUGUUGACGUUGAAGGGAAAAAUGAUCUAAUUUAUUUGUACAGGCUGGGAAUUGAUGAAGAGCUUGUGACACUGCUUGGCAGGCAUUCACCUAUUCCGGUGACUUAUGCUGGUGGUGUCACAGUGACGGCUGAUUUAGAGAGGAUAAAAGCUGCAGGGAUGGAGCGUGUCGAUGUCACUGUGGGUAGUGCUUUGGAUAUUUUUGGGGGCAACUUGGCAUACAAAGAUGUCAUCGGUUGGCAUGUCCAACAGCAGGCUUUGGCAGUUUAGUGUCACCCACCUUGCCUCUUGUAUGUUUUCCUGAAAUCGGCUUUGUGAUUGUUUAUGCAUGGAUUUGUCUAUGCAUUGAAGGAUUGGAAUUGAAUUUUAUUACAUGUUAAACACUCAACUACUAACCAAAGUAGUAAAAUGUUGAAGUGUCAGUUGAUAUGUACUGCAGUUGCAGUAGGCAGCUGCUUCGGCCCUUAAAAUCUAGUACUAGGUCAUUUUCCUUGAAGUUUUUCAAUAUAGUAGACUUGAUCUAAUCAAUACAACUUGUUGUGGAAA